AUGGCCAUGAAGGUCUUGACACUCAAGGAGGAGGUAAUUGAUGGAUUGCUGAAGAAUGCAGCUGUGGGAGUGGUGAUGCACUUGGAGAGUGUUUGUUUGCAAGAAACACAAGUGAAAUAUCUAUGGAAUGGGCUUCUUCCUAUCGAGGCAGUUGUUGACCACAACUCUAGGAUUGAAUUCCCUCUCCAGGACCACAGCAUCCCUCCUCUGAGUCUUGAGCUGACAAAGAUCAGCCUGCUUAGGGCAACAAAGGUGGGUACUGAGGUCAACAUUAUAGGAGUGGUGCUGCAUGUUGGCAAAGUGGAGGCAAUGUCUGAAAAGAAGAGGGUUGCCAGGAAGAGUGGGGAUGGAGAGAGCAAGAGCAAGGAGGAAGACCCCAAAGGGGAGAGGGUGAGACGGGAAGUCCAGCUGGUGGACGACUCUGCCCACAUCAUGUGUGUGGCACUAUGGAAAGACUGUGCUACAUCCAUGGCCAUGAAGCAUGGUUCAAUCUUGUUGCUCAAGAAGGUGGUCAUUGCUGCGCAUGAUGGUAUCAGCCUGAACAUGUACAAGAAGACAAAGGUGGACAAGGAUCUGAAGGUGGCAGAGGGCACGAGCUUGAAGAACUGGUACAAUAAUCUUGCAUCAAAUCCCCAAACGUUCCAACAUAUCUCCUCCAGUUAUAGCACAGGAAGUGGCUUGUUCACCGACAUCGAGCCCUGCUUGAAUGUUCUGACCAUCCCUGAGGUUCAAAAGUCCAAUCUUGGAACCAGCUCCUGCAUCCACACCUUCAAUGUUGAGGGCUGCAUUCAGGUGGUGGAUGGGAAUGCUGUCUAUGAGGCCUGCACAAAUACUCAUUGUAACAAGGGUAUUGAGAAGAGCCCUUGUGAUAUUGAAGGGCAUGAAGAUAUGUCUGAUGAUAAUCGAAGAUUCUGCUACCAUCUCAAAUUAACAAUUGGACAAGACCACAGGCACAGCAUAGAUGUCUCUGUUUUCAUGCUGCUGGCUGACAAAAUGCUUGAGGAGGAUGCAAUGGAAGUAGUCAAGAAAAGGGAUCACAUGCCAGGCCAGUCUGAUGAAGUUCUUGGGGCCCUCUUAAAGACAAAAUGGAGAUUCACUAUCCAGGCAUGCACUCAGUUGUGGAAGAAUGAAUGGUCCAGUGAAUGGUCGAGGAAGCUGACUUAUGUCAUGACCAGGGCAGAGCAGCUUGGAGAAGAGGAAGGGGAAGAUGAAGAUGAGGAAUCAAGGGAGGAUGUCAAAGGGGAAAAUGGAGAGGAUGAGGUCCCCAAGGUGUUUGAGGAAGAGGGGGAUUCUGAUUGA